ACACUAUGCUGGUCUAUUUUUUAGAAAAGGAUCCCUUUUAGUCUUUGAGAAAUAUGACUGUGAAUAUGGUUAAUUAUUGUUUAAAAAAGCAAGUUUCGAGACAAGCAAAACAAGUCUCUGGAAGUCGCGCACGGAAAAACUUGCUUUUUUAAACAAUAAUUAACCAUAUUCACACUCAUAUUUCUCAAAGACUAAAAGGGUCUGUUAAAAAAACGAACACAUUGGAAGUAUAUAUGUGCCGAUGUAUGUAUCAACAAUACAAUCAAAGAAACUGAAUUAUACAAUAUAAAAUAAAUUAGAAUUUAAAUUCUAUAAUAGAGGAAUAAUUGGGGAAUAGAGGAAUGACAGGAAUAAGAGAGGAAUAGUCGGAGAAUAGAGGAAUAGCGACCUACCGGAAUACAUUUUGAAACGUUCCCUAAUGCUGAGAAGAACGAAAUUUAGUGAAUUCUACCGGUAGAUUGUACCACGACGGAUAUUUUGAACUAAACUCAAUCUCAAAAAAAUAUGUUGACUAAUUUGGAAACUUUGAAACAUUUACUUAUACGAAAAGGAGAGAUAGAUGCAUAGCGAUACCGGCAUUAUAUAUUGACUUCGUGGAAAUAAUAUUGAAAUUUUAACAUAGAUACUUUGUUUUUAUAUAGCGAACGGAGAUAAAGAUAUUUUGGCACUUGAUUUCUGCUCAAAUGAAAAAGUGUACGGUUCUCCUUAUUUGGGUCCAACAUUAUGGGAAAGAGACGAGUUAUAUUCGGCAGAUAGUUUGUUGAAACAGUUAUCAACAUGUACACCUACUCCAAUUGAUAAUCCUGUUGACAUCAACCAUAUGAAAACAUUAAUGAUGGAAAUCGAUGAGUUAUUAUGUGAUGCUGAUUCAGAUCUCGAACCGUUGAAUACUUUUGAUCCCGCUAGUGAAAUAUCAUCUCAUGAAGAGAAUCUAUUGGCAAUAGACACAAGUACAGCUGUUAAUUCACCAUCAACAUCAAGUAAUUACUAA